UCAAAACGAGAUGCAGCCAUGUCUAUCAGUGAGGCGGCUCGAGGAGAGGCAGGUCCGUUCACCAUCGGCGUCAAGAAUGACUUCGACAAGGAGCGAAGAGACGAAACCGAACUCAGCCUGAAAAAGAUCACCGCGGUGGACGGCGCCGGCACCGAAGUCACGCUGCUGGACGCGGGCGCCAGCCCGGUGACGGUCAACCUGUCGUCGCUGGCCGAUGUCGGCCAGCUGAUGUCCACGGUCACGCUGCCCGCGGGCGUGUAUUCGCAAAUCAAGGUCACGCUGGGUAACGCGGUGCAACUCGUCUCGCUGGACGGCAGCAAGACGAUCUCCGCGCGCUUCAACAGCACCGGCGGCGACCAGGUGCUCACCAUCCGCGACCUGGACCUGAACCCCGCCAACAGCGGCCAGCUGGUGCUGGACUUCAACCUCGCCAAGUUCACCUACGACGCGACCACCGGCAUCGUCACCGCCGUCGUGGAGCGCCGCGACGCGGGUGACGCCUUCGGCAAGUUCGUGCGCCAGCAGGCCGAGGUGCAUGGCAGCGUGACUGCGGUCAACGUCAGCGCCGGCACCUUCACCGUCACCGACAACCGGCUCGGCAGCGUCGUCGUGACGCUGGCGGCCGAUGCGACGCUGAUCAACGAGCAGACGCAAGCCCGGCUGACGCUGGCUGACCUGGCCGUGGGCGCCAACAUCGAGGCCAAGGGCAAGGUCACGCCGGGCGCCACCACGGCCGACCCGAGCACCGUGACGGCCACGGUCGUGCAUGUGCUGCCCGCCGGCAGCACGGGCGACGGCACGGCCGGUGCGCCGCGGCUGCGCGGUGCCGGCACCGUGACGGCCGUGAACGGCAACAAGAUCACCGUGUCGCUGACCGACGCGAACUUCCUGCCGAGCAGCAAUCUCGUCGUCGUGACGAUCGACUCGGCCCGUUUCACGCACGGCCAGGCCAGCGACGUGAUCGUCGGCGCCUCGGUGCGCUUUGCCGGCAAGGCCGCCGGCACCGGCACGACGACCAUCACGGCCACCGUGUUCGACGUGGAUGGCGCCUCGUCCAGCGGCGGCAAUGGCGAGGGCCGGUUCAACCCCGGCGUCAUCGGCAAGGUGGCCUCGGUCAGCAGCACCACGUCGUUCACGAUCACCGUCACCGCCGGCAACACCAAUGUGCCCACCGGCAGCUACACGGUGGAUGCGAGCAAGGCGGAGUUCGAGUCGGGCACGGCGAGCUGCCUGGUG